GUCGCCUCGCACGGUCACACUGGCCAAGAUAUUUUGUAAAUAAAUUUCAGCCGAGAGUCUUCGAAAAUGAAUUGUUGCAUUUGCCAGUUUUCUGUGCGCGUGCCCAAGAAUAUUCACACGGAAACCGUUGGUCAUCCGCCGGUGCUGAUCAGCGAUCUCGUCCUGCAAUGCACGAGGGGCACGGACUACGUCCUCGCAGAGGAAUCCUCUACGAUCUGCAAGAAGUGCUGCGAGAAGCUAACGAGAUACCACAAGUCCCUUCAGAUUGCACGUAAACUGCGCCAGGAGAUCCUGGAGCUGAUUCACAGUCCCUACAUGUCUAAGGACUUCAGGCAGUCACCGCUGAAGGAUGAGGAAGUCGACAGAGAGAGAAUAGCAAAGUUUGAUGGGAAUAUUGAGGUGGCAGAGGAUCAGGAAGAUGAGGAGGAGCAACUAGAGGAUAUAGACAACCCUGCGGAGGCCGUCACCCUGGUGGAUCCUUCUUCCAUCGAGGAGGAGGUCGCCGAGGAGGAGCACACCUUUAUCAUUAAAGAAUCCGAGGAGGAUGACGAGUACCAAUCCGUGGACCUAGAGCUGGAUAUCGACAACGAGAUCAUCAUAAACGAGGAGGAAGCCAACGAAGAGGAGGAUCUUGUGUCGCAUGCCAAGCAUGAAGCCCACGAAGCCGACUUCUUCAAGGAGGACACCAUGAGCGACUUUGACGACCAUCUAGAUGGUACCAUAGAAUACAUUAUAUCCGAUGGCGACGACCAGGAGCAGGAUCAGGACAGCUCCGGCGACUACACGGUCAAUAUUCAGUGUCCCAGCUGCCCGGAGAAGUUCACCAGCCGGCGGGCCUACAAUGCCCACACAAAACGCGAGCACUUUCCGGGAUAUGUCUGUGAUCAGUGCGGCAAGACACUGCAGUCGUACUCUGGAUUCAUAGGUCACCUCCAGAACCAUGAGCCGGUCAAGCAGUUCGCCUGUCCCGUUUGCCCGGAGCGGUUUAGCCGCAAGUUCCGGCUGAAGCACCACAUGGCCUGGCACACCGGAGAAACGCCCUAUCAGUGUGAGGUCUGCUCCAAGCGAUUCGUUCACAAGGUGGCCCUGUACAAGCACAAGAUGAUCCACGACAAUGAGACAAAGCGGCUGGAGUGCCAGGUGUGCGGCUUCAAGACCCGAACCAAGGCGCACCUGGAGCGGCACAUGCGAUCCCACACGGGCGACAAGCCCUUUGCCUGUCCGGUGUGCAACAAACGCUUCUCCCAGAUGUACAACAUGAAGGCCCAUCUCCGGGAGCACGAAAGUCCCGGAACGAAUCGCCAUCGCCGCUUCCACUGCCCCAAGUGCACGCACACGUUCAUCAACGAGCAGAACUACGUGUCCCAUGUUCAGAGGGACGACUGCACGGCAGUUUAGCCCUCAAUCGAAUAUAUAUAGUAGAUAAUUUCAUAAGAAUUAAACCCGACCAGACCCCAGCAGAAUUAUCUUCAUCGUGAUCACCACCCAGCCAAAUGAAAUCGAAUCAUUUGGUACAUUACGUUCUAUCCAUGUACUUUUUUAUUAAAUCUAUAUGCAUUUUGCUCACAAAUAAAAUAUGUUUGAUAUAAUAAAUUUAUCCGUUAUUUGCAUAUUUCUGCGGUUAUUUCAGUUUUCUUAAAAAAAUAUGUAUAGUAUGUGUAUGCAUUAACUUAUUUAAAUAAAUCAAUCGAUCGAUGUCGUCCGUUUCGGCCGAUGGCCUCCAAUAUGAUAGAUAUAGCCAAUAUUGGUCACUGCUGGACUGAUCGAACCAAAAAUGAAAUGUGCCUAAUGGUAGAUCGGUAGAUGCAAUUGACGCAAUUACAAUACAUUGUAUAAAUACAUAAAUGUUAAGUGUGUAUGCUGUGUUAUAGAUUAUACAAAAAUAAAACAGAUUAUCUUUUGAUUUUUGUCGAGUUUAGAAUAGAACUUUGUUAAUAUCAUCAUAUCAUCAUAAAAUGCACAUUACAAAAAUAUUAACAAAAUUUAUUGCAGGCAGUCCGUAGUUAGUAUAAAGUAACAAACAAAUCCCAAUCGAGGUAAACCCAUAAAUCUUCUUAAUAAAUUGAUUUUGUGCAGUUUUCCUAAUAAUCUCAGCCCCCGGUUGCGGGACUAAAACGCUUUUCGGACUCUUAAUGUACGGCCUCCAAGGUGUCAACAUAAAGAGGAUGCUUUCCUGCUGCUCUAGUAGCUCCCAAAUUUCGUUAUGGAUUUACAAAUUUAGAACCACCCUUCGGUGGCCGGUGAAUAGCUCAGUUUUUGUUGUACAGAAAAAUACAUUGCC